UUGCACAAACGGUUCAGCGAGAAUGUUUAGCAUAUUGCUUCCUCGCUGCUGCUGGUGCUCCCCCUUCGUGUGAUUCCAGUUAUUGUUAAAAGUGUUAAAUUCCUCAAGCAGUACAAUGAUGAAUAACUGUUAAUGAUAGUGUGUGCCUGUGCCGUGCCUGUCACUGUGUAUAAGCGAAAGCCAAGCUAAAAGGAAACUCAGGAAAUGACCAGCGACUGGUAGAGGGGAGAGCCAGCAUGGAUGGGGUACCGUCCCUGACAAUGACCUUCACCAGCCUGGCUCUGCUGCUCCUGGUGCUGAUCACGGGCCUGCUGUUUGCCUGCCACUGCCUGGGGCACCGGGCGGCCAGCUGGAUGCGGAUGCGCUCCAGCAAGGAGGAAAAGAUCGGCCUCUCCCAUCACAAGCACAAGCUCUUCCAUGCCAACGGCUAUAUGGCCAGUAUCCAAUCGGGCUCCGAGUUCCUGCUGAGCACCAGCGGCAGCUUCAAGCGCUUCGACACCAUCGACAAGGACGACCACAAUCGCUCCCAGCAUCUGCUGUUGCUGAACGGCGGAAACGGUGGUGCUGGCGCCGGAACGGCCACUACAGGGGCCUCCUCCACAUUGGAGGCCACCACGCCGCUGUGGAACUUGCCCCAAGGGGAUGUUGGCAUUCCGCCGCAACCACUGCGCCCGGCUCCUGCCCCGAAUAGCGCCGGACCCAGCAGCAAGACCGUGACGUUUUCCUUUAGCCAAGUCAACGAGCUAGCCUCUCCCACAGCCGACGGCGGCUCGGAGCCGGAUCGCCGCUCCUGUUUGCGUUCGCCCCUCCGCCACAGCGGUGGUGCAGGCGGAACUGUGGUGCCACAGCCACUGGAAGCACCGCCGCCGCCGCGACUCACAACCUCCGCCUCCGUCAACCUGUCGGCCACUGCCAUUCCACGUCCAAUUGCGAAGCGGCAGGUGUCCCUGCAGCAGGGCAUCAACCGGAGCGGCGAGGUUGCGGUCGGAGGCCCACUGACGGCGCAGGUGCAGCAAGUGGAGCCCCAGUUGGAGGCGGAGGUGGAGAGACGCACGCCGGCGUUAAAGCGCCGUAACUCUAGCACAAAUCCCUUCCUCUGCGAGUCCAUUGAGCACGUGCCGCCAGUCCCAACUGAAGCUCCAGCACCUACUUCCACUCCAACGCCCGCGGCAGCUGCAUCUGCACCACCCAUGCAGCCCAUGACGCAGCCCCAGCACAACGGGAAUCCCUUCGCGGAGUCGCAGAGUCUGUCCAGUCGGCUGCUCAAGUUCCACAAUACAACGAAUCCCUUCACGGGUCUGGGGCAGCGCGUCAAGGGCCCCCACAUGCUGCAGAAAACCAUCUCCGAGGACUAUCUCUUCCGGAAGCUGGGCAUGAACGGGCCCCUGGCCAAUGGCAAUGGCCAUGGCCAGGCCAACGGUAACGCAAACGGAAAUGGCACUUGGAGCUUUGGCCGCUCUCUGAUGCGACAGGACUCGACCCUCAGUCUGGGCCUGGGCAGGCGCAACAGCUCGCAGAUGUCGCUGGACGCGAGCUCGGCAUCGGGAUCGCUGGAGGGCAUUAACCUGGAGCGGGCCAUCUCCUGCGAUUCGGUCAACUCGGACUCCACCCUCUUUCUGGACCAGCUGGAUCAACCCUACACCCAGAUCACCGGAUAUCUGUGCAUUGGCCUGCACUACGACAAAAACAGCAUCAGCAACGAGGGCAUGGAGCUGACUGUGAGCGUGCUGGAGGCCAAGGGUCUCAUUUGUCCCUUCAGCGUGGAGUCGUUGGAUACGUUUGUGCGGAUCUAUCUGGUGCCCGAUCACCCUGGCGCCAUGCAGACCAAAGUGGUCGACUCCACGCUAACGCCCAGCUACAACGAGAGCUUCAGCUUCUGGCUGCAGAAGAAGCAGGUGCGCCACUCGCUCUGGUUCCAUCUGUACCACAAUGGGCCUGCCCACACGCUAAUUGGGGAGGCGGAGAUGGAGAUUGGAGAGCUGCCGCGGCCCAUCACCACCUGGAUACCGCUGUCGGACUCCAGGAAGUGCAACGCCCGCUGGGGCGAGCUGAUGUUCUCGCUGAGCUACCUGCCCACGGCAGAGCGACUGACCAUUGUGGUGGUGAAGGCGCGCAACCUGAAGCUGGAUGUGGAGCAGCCCAGCGCGGACAUUGUGCAGAAUGUCUUCGUAAAGGUUUACCUGAUGAACAACGAGAAGAAGGUGCUGAAGAAGCGCACCUCGCUGAAGCGCAAGGAUCGCUGCCCCAUCUUUAACGAGUCGAUGAUCUUCAGUGUGCCACCGCAGAGCCUGACCACGGCCCAAUUGCGUCUCACCGUGUUCGGCGUGACCACCGAGGGCGGUAUUCUGCCGCUGGGCCAUGUCAUUACCGGCAGCUGUGCGGUCGGCAAGGGACUGCGCCACUGGCAUCAGAUGCUCUCCUCGCUGCGCAAACCUGUUGCCAUGUGGCAUGUCCUCCGUCGGGCCGUCAAUCAGCCGAUUUUCACGGGCGGCGCCGAGGCCGUGGUGGCCGCCAUGCAGAGCACUCUGCAACGGGCCAGCGCCAAGCGGAACAGCAUCGUUUAGGGCACAGCAUCGGUGCCCUCUGAUCUGAUCGGAUCGGAUGGGAUCGGAUUGUAUGGGCUGGGAUAGAUUUCUCGCUCGACCGCUGAUGUGCGCUGAGGCAUUAAAUUUAGCGUAUUUAGUUGGAAAACCCUUCUCUCCCCCCCC